AUGUCUGAAGACUCUGACGAAGUCUAUAGAUUCUGCGAGGACCCAAUAACAAGAACUAGCUCAUCCCAACCCGACAGCCGCCCUACUAGUCCUGUUUCACCUUACCGAUACCAAAGACCUCUUACUUCAACAACCUCACACCAUUCCUCAAAUUCACAUACACUCCCUGCCUCCAUGAGCACUACUAGUACUACUCCACAGUCUCGCCAAAGAGGAUCUGAUACGGAAGGAAGGUUUCCCUCAUCGCCUAGCGACAUCUGCCAUUCGAGUGACUUGAGAAGAAAGGCUCUUCUCAGGUCUGUUCAAAUGAGAACACAACCUUGUGGUAUUGCUUCAACUUCUGGGACAAGCAAUGUUGACGGUGGUGAAGAGAGGAUGUGCUUUAAGUCUAUGGAAGAAGAUAUAUACGUUGUGGAGUGCAAUGAAGAGCACUCCAUUAAAGCUCUCAUAUCUCUAUCAGUGCAUUUGGUUGUGGAUCCUUUCAUCUUCAAUCUCAUGGAAGAUGUUUCAGUAAAGUUUCUUGUCUGUCUCAUUGCAUAG